GCAGCGAAAAAAAGUAAGAAGACGAAGAAAAAAAUCCUGUAUUUUAAGGAAUCUACAAGAAAUUUUUCAAGUCACGACAUCAGAAAAAAAGUGAAAAUUUUCUUAUAAGAAAAGCAGCAAGAAAACUGCAUUUAAAAGUGUGAAAAAUUGUGAAAAGUUGACAUUUAAGUGCAAAGAAAACCGUUAAAAACACACAAUUUAUGAAAAUUACAGAGAAUUAAGAAAAAAAGUAACAAUUGCUAGAUCUAAUAGUCCUUGGUUAGCAAAAGGUAGGGGUGAGACACCAAUACCGGGCGCUAACGUCGCCGCCGCCGCCAGCCACAGCCCAGUCGUCCCAAGGCAGUUUUUAAUGAAAAUGAAUAAUUUGGAUCACGUUAAGAAUUUCUAUCCGGACAAUUAUAAAUUGGAUUUAUCGGAAACCAUGAAGGCGGCUUUAUCCAAAGGUGGACCUGGUUCCAGUGGCUCGGGGGCUGGACCUUCUGGUGUGGGCAUGUCUGCACCCGCUGGUGCCGGUCCACAUGGUUCCGGCGAUAUGGCUGGUACAAGUGCUGGCAUUUCAGGGGCUGGUUAUGUGACGGAAAAACUGUAUAUGCUUUUACAGUUGUAUUUACAAAAUAAGGGCUGGAAUCCCAGUGCUGAGUUGCUGCAGUGUUUCACCGAUCUGAAAGAUAAUGCCAUGCUGCCUAGUGCAGCAUAUUUGCAAGUUCUAGCUAAUCGUAUGACGUUGGACACUCAAGGUCGCUUGAUACUGCGUGAAAAUGGCAAGAUAGUGUUGCCCUUCGAACACUUUGCCAAUGCGGUAAUGCUGAAGCAUAUGUCGGGACCACAUGGUCUGCACUUAAGUGUUGAUGCCACUGUGAGAGCUGUCAUUGAAUCGUAUACCAUUGGCCGAGAAAACUUUGGCAUGGAAAAGGAAUUUAUCAUAGAAGUGGUGCAGUCAUGCCCAAGUCCUGCUUGUCGUUACUAUAAAAAUCAUAUUGGCAUCUCACCACUACCAUUUAUGGAUCAGCAAUAUCCCAGUGUCAAUCCUAGUGAUUUUCUACAACAUUUGCCACACUUACCACCACCUCCACCGCCACAUGUGGGUGGGGGACAUGUUGCGAGCGGCUCUGGCGGUGGUAGUACUGUUAGUGGUCCCAGUUCAGCGGGUAGUAGCAGUUCAGCUACUAGUAGUUCCACUGGCGGUGGCGUUGGUGGAGAAGUGGAUUUGUCUUCGAAAUCUUCACACUCUUCUCACUCAAAGGUACCACCACAAUUGCAGCAUUUGACUAAACAGCAGCAGAACAGCAUACAAUCGCAAUUAUCGCAAAUAAGUGCUGCUGCUGCCGCCGCCGCUGCUGCAGCUGCGGCUAAACAACAGCAACAGCAUCAGCAGCAACAACAACAGCAGCAACACCAUCAGCAGCAGCAACAACAAGCUGCCGUGGCAGCAGCUGCUGCAGCAGCGGCCGCUCAACAACAACAGCAACAACUGUCGGCCCUUAUUCAACAGCAACAGAAUCGUGCUUUAGCCCAGCAAAGUCUGGAGAAAUUCAGCACUCUCUCACCUUUGGAGAAACAGCGUGUACUCUCUCAACUGGAUCCCAAACAUUUUGAUCCCACCACCAUGGCUGUGGCAGCAGCCGCUGCAAAUUUGCAAAUGCAAGGUCUCAUGCAAUCACAAGCGGCUGCUGUAGCCGCCGCUGCUGCAGCGGCUGGACAAAAUUCAGCUGCCCAAUCGGCUGCUGCUGUUUCAGCUGCUGCUUUGGGCAUGCCAUCUCCUUCACCUAGCCAGGGCGUUCCUAUUGUACCGCCGCCACAUCAUACCAUGCAUCAUUCGUUGCCACCGCCACCACCACAAUCGCCAACAGCUCAUAGUGCUAGUGGCAGCAGUGGUAGUAGCAUUGGACGCCAUGAUAGUUCGCCCUCAACUUCUGCUCAUUCGGUGGAACUGAUGGUUCAGAAAAACGUGGAAAUUUUACGCUCCAACUUGGAAUCUUUGGAAUCGAAUAAAGAUCUGUUGGCUUUGCAUAAUGGUGCUUGGGCAUCAAAUCAAGAUCCGAAUGGCAAUUUCCCAUUAGGCCAAGAUAAAAUUAUACGUGUAUUUGCGGAACUAAUGCGCAAUAUGGCACGCAUGAAAACCUACAUAAGGCCUUCCAUGUGUAAACCUUAUGGCAAGCAAAGUGAAGCAUUGCAAAAAACUCUUUUGGACACCAUACAAAUAGUGCAAAAUUUGCGCAAUUCUCUACCGCCACCGCAUAUUCAAGUGACUUCUUGGAAAAGCGAAAGUGAGGGUACAUCUAAUCUACAAGGCGGCAAUGGCGGUGUAGGUGGUGUCGUCGGUCUUGGUAAUCCCAUAACACCCAAUGCCCCUAUGAUGGGUGUGGGUAAUGGUGCUACAUUGUUGGGCAGUAUGCCUACAAAUCGUAUUGAAAAUUUAAGCAAUUAAAUUUACAGUUAAAAGCUUACAGGUAAGUAAGUAUGUUUUGCACAAAUAUAUUUACAAAUGAUAAAUGGACAAAUUCUAUUGUUUAACCAUAAUAAGCCAUAAAUGUUUGAAUGAAUUAUUGAGCAUCACAUGCAUACAUAUUUUGAAACAUGGAAGUAACCACAUUCCAAUAAUUAUAAUAGCCGUAGUACAUUUUAUUUCUUCUUUUCUAGUAGUGGUAAGUUACUCUAAUAAA